AUGACCGAUAUACAUAAGUUUUUUGUACUUCAUAAGCGAAUGAAAACUACAAAUGAAAAUGGAGGUGUCGAAGAAGAUACUGUCUAUGAUCAGGGUAGUGGUAUCCUGGUCAGUAUUCCCGAUGUCGGAAAUUACAUUGAGAAAAAGGAUAUUGACAAUUGCCUAAAGUAUAAGAUUUUAUUGAAUCCAUGGCAACCUGAAAAAAGUUAUUAUUUUAAGAAUGACAUAGACAGCACAAAAAGAACAUUUCGACCAGACUGGCUGUCAUUAUAUCCAUGGCUGGUCUAUUCUAAAGCAGCUAAAGGUGCCCUCUGCAGGUUUUGUGUGCUUUUCCACCCACGCAUAACACAUGUGGAAGAACUCGCCUAUGAGAAUCUUGCGAAAUUAGGACAAACUAAUCGUGCAAAGUUAAAAUCAGUUGUUUCUUGUGUAUUGUUUUGUGCAUUACAUGACUUACCUUUAAGAGGAAAAACAAAUUCAAAUGCUGUAUUUGAUGAUUUGUUACAAUUUAGAGUACAGUCAGGGGACGAAACAUUUCGGAAACGUUUUGAGGGUGCGCCUAAGAAUGCUACCUAUGUUUCUCAUAGAACCCAAAAUGAUUUAAUUGAUGUUUACGCCGAAGUACUAAGAAAUGAUUUGAUUAACACCAUCAAUAACAGUGAAUCAUUUUCAGUUUUGGCAGACGAAACAAUGGAUAUUGCAGGCACAGAACAACUUUCUCUUUCUGCAUGUUAUUUUGACCUUGCAACUGAUGUUGUCAGAGAAGACUUCCUUGGAUUUACACCAUUAGCAAGGUUAGAUGCAAAACAUAUCUCCAACACAAUAAUAUCUACUUUAUCUGCUUCGGGUUUAAAUCUAGAUAAAAUGGUAGGACAAGGCCAUGAUGGGUGCAGUACGAUGGCCGGUAAAAUUGGAGGAGUACAGAAGAUAAUUGCUGAGAAAUAUCCCAAGGCUAGCUUCUAUCAUUGUGCUAUACAUAGACUUAAUUUAGUUGUGAAUGAUUUGAACACCUUACCAGAGGCAGAAAGCCUGGCAACUUUACUGCACACAUUUAUUGUUACAUUAAAAGUCAUAGCAAAAUAUUCAGCCAAACUAGAACCUGUCACCAAUAUCCUACAAUCAGUAAACAUUAACUUGUUGGAAGUUUCAGAUUACAUUCAAGGAAUUGUAAAAAUGUUAUUGGAUGACAAAGAAAAUGCGGAAGGCGAGUUUGAAAUGAUAAUGAAAAGUGCUCAAAGCAACGACAGUGCACUUGGAAUAGAUGUCACUGGUAUUUGA